UCCUGAUACCCCACGUCCCUUAAAAGUUGUGAACCUCCGCCACUCCCGGGCGAUGCUAGGAUCCCUCUGUGGACUGAACAUAUCCCACGGGCCACUGUGAUUCGCCAACUCUCCGAUGCUGUGAUACACUAGAGUCCUCAGACCUCCCCAAAGCCACUGCUGCCACCAUUGACGCCUAUAUACCGCUGCGGGGGCUGUGGCUCAACAACACAGCCAAGACAGCGACUUCUCGCCCCCUGGCGGGAUCUGCUAGGCUCCUCUGUCCAACACCGUGGGUCUUGUCCCCAUGUCCAUUCUGGCCUGCCUCUGCCAGUCGCGUAUCCGUGUCCGCAUCGCAUCUCUAUCUGUGUCCCACUCUCUUUUGAUCCGUUGUCCCCUUCUCUUGGGUCCAUCCAGCUAUCUGCCGCGACUCCUAGUCUGGGCCUCCUUGGCACAGGUACUAUCCCUAGCUAGGAGCCUUAUACGCUACCGACUCAAGGCUGGACGUCGAGAACGGGCAGUUCAGGUCCACGUGUGAGCGGGCCAGAGGCGACUCCCAUGGGCAGCCACCGGGUUCCAGAUGCCCGAGACUUUGCCUUACACCAGGCGCUAGGACCCCACCUCUUUAGGCGAGCCCCCGCCCCUGAGCGCGGGAACCGCUGUUUGGCCAGCGCAUGCUCCCGACUUGGCCGCCGCCGGGCGCAAGUGCGCAUGCUCAGAGCCGCCGGCGCUGAGACGCGGGGCUCUCGGGGUGGGCAGCCCGCAAGCGCGUGCUUGUGGGGCGGGGCCGCCUACGCGCGUGCGCAGAAAGGCCAGCGCGGUCCAGCGGAGAGCUGAAGGGAGCGGUGCGGUGCGGUGCGCCGAGGGUGUGUGAGAUGACAGACUGGUUAACAGAAAACCCCCAAAGACGGGGCUGCAGGGUUUAGCUGCUCCUGUCCCCUCUGGCAUCCUGGGACCUGCCUCCUGGGCACAUCAGGCACCAUGGACUCGCCAGGAUACAAUUGCUUUGUGGAUAGGGACAAGAUGGAUGCAUCCAUCCAGGACCUGGGGCCAAAGGAGCUGAACUGCACCGACCUGCAGGAGCUGAAGCAACUGGCACGCCAGGGCUACUGGGCUCAGAGCCACGCCCUCCGGGGGAAGGUGUACCAGCGCCUGAUCCGGGACAUCCCCUGUCGCACGGUCACACCUGACGCCAGCGUGUACAGCGACAUUGUGGGCAAGAUUGUGGGCAAGCACAGCAGCAGUAGCCUGCCCUUGCCUGAGUUUGUAGACAACACUCAGGUGCCCACCUACUGCCUGAACACACGGGGAGAGGGGGCUGUGCGCAAGAUUCUCCUGUGUAUUGCCAACCAGUUCCCCGACAUCUCCUUCUGCCCUGCCCUGCCUGCUGUGGUGGCCCUGCUACUGCACUACAGCAUUGACGAGGCGGAGUGCUUUGAAAAGGCCUGCCGCAUCCUUGCCUGCAACGACCCCAGCAAGAAGCUCAUUGACCAGAGCUUCCUGGCCUUUGAGUCCUCCUGUAUGACGUUUGGGGACCUGGUAAACAAGUACUGCCAGGCAGCCCACAAACUGAUGGUGGCUGUGUCCGAGGACGUGCUGCAGGUGUACUCUGAUUGGCAGCGGUGGCUGUUUGGGGAACUGCCCCUCAACUACUUUGCCCGUGUUUUUGAUGUCUUCCUUGUAGAAGGCUACAAGGUGCUGUACCGAGUUGCCCUGGCCAUCCUCAAGUUCUUCCACAAGGUGAGAGCAGGACAGCCCCUUGAGUCAGACAAUGUAAAGCAAGACAUCCGCAUGUUUGUCAAGGACAUUGCCAAGACAGUGUCCCCUGAGAAACUACUAGAGAAGGCCUUUGCCAUCCGCCUGUUCUCCCGCAAGGAGAUCCAGCUCCUGCAGAUGGCCAACGAGAAAGCACUGAAGCAGAAAGGCAUCACUGUCAAGCAGAAGAGUGUCUCACUUUCUAAAAGGCAAUUUGUGCACUUGGCUGUCCAUGCGGAGAACUUCCACUCUGAGAUUGUCAGCGUGAAAGAGAUGAGAGACAUUUGGUCCUGGAUCCCUGAACGUUUUGCCCUCUGCCAGCCCCUCUUGCUCUUCUCCUCGCUACAACAUGGGUACAGCCUAACCAGGUUCUAUAUCCAGUGUGAAGGGCACGAGCCCACCCUCCUGCUCAUCAAGACCACGCAAAAGGAGGUUUGUGGGGCUUACCUGUCCACAGACUGGAGUGAGAGGAACAGGUUCGGAGGCAAGCUGAGCUUCUUCGGGACUGGAGAAUGCUUUGUUUUUAGGCUGCAGCCAGAGGUACAGCGGUAUGAGUGGGUGGUCAUCAAGCACCCAGAGUUAACCAAACCAUCAGCCUUCAAGUCCUCAGAAACUGCAGCCAGUCCCUCCCUCCUCGGCCACCCCGUCUCUUCAGACCCUGCUGAUCGCCUCUCACCUUUCCUGGCUGCCCGGCAUUUCAACCUACCCUCCAAGACUGAGUCCAUGUUCAUGGCUGGGGGCAAUGACUGCCUCAUCAUUGGGGGAGGAGGUGGCCAAGCACUCUACGUUGACGGGGAUCUGAACCGAGGCCGCACUGGACACUGCGACACUUUCAACAACCAGCCCCUUUGCUCUGAGAACUUCCUCAUCGCAGCUGUGGAGGCUUGGGGCUUCCAAGACCCUGACACCCAGUGACAGGCCUGCAUUGAUGGUGACUGAGCCACACUGUGGGGUGAUGGGACUGAGGCCCAGCUGCCUCUUCGGGAAGCAGGGAGUGAGUGAGACAUCACCUCCAGGAGGUGUGCCAGUUUGCCACCCAGGGCUACAUUUCUCU